AAAAAGAAACAAGGGGGGGACAUGCCCAUGACAAGCGUCAUCAAGAGGCCCAGCCGCACCGCGAGCUUUGACGAGGACGAAGACGAUGAUUCGGAUGACGAUGAUCCGAACGAAAUAUCAACAACUAGCAUUUUUGAUGAUGACGAUGACGAUACUUCGAUCUGUUCUGUCGAUACCUACGGAGAGCCAAAACAAAAACAAAUCCCAAUUCUGGAUUUGAAAUUGAAGAAAGCUAGCCCUAAGCCAAGUGGCUAUGGGAUGGCGGCUCUCGCUCACGUCUACGGAAGUGCCACGCCAAAUCCUGGUUACGGAAAAGCCGGCCUUGGUUAUGGAGACGACGACGACGACGACGACGAUCUCGGAUAUGGAGAUGCCGCUCCUGACACUGCCCCCGAUCUUGGUUAUGGAGAUGCCGCUCCGGACGCUGCUCCCGAUCUUGGCUAUGGCAAGGCCGCACCAGAUUUGGGAUAUGGAAACACCAAACCAGAUUUGGGAUAUGGCAAUGCCGCACCAGAUUUGGGAUACGGAGAUGCCCAGCCUGACAAUCAAGGACAGGCCUACGAUCUUCGCAAACCUACACCUUCCACUGUGGAUCUGGGGUACGGAGAUGCCACUCCCGACGCCCCGGAAACAGCAGUGGCGACGGAGGAGUAUGAUUAUCAUGAUUUGUAUGGCCAGGCUCCCCGCGCUUCUCUACAGAAAGCACGGCGUCGACAGCACCGGGCAUCCUCUAUGCAGCAUGUUUCUUCAGCGAUGUCGCAUGGUCAUGAUCCAACUCCAAGAAUUAGUUUUGGAACUCGUCGUCAACGGAGACGGUCUAAUUCUAUGAAUAUGCUCUCGAACCACAGCAGCAUGAACCACGGCAGCAUGAGAAUGUCCUUUCGGGGUAAUGGUCCGUCCCACUGUGAUGGCGGGCAGGACACCAGUGGCGAAUUCGGAACUCGACAUCGGCCCACGAAUGCUGGGAAACGUAACCAACGUCGCACUUCGUCCAUGUCGAUGCUCAAGACUAUGGGCAUGUCCACUAGGAAUAUGGGCGGAGGAGGUCGCACCAUGGAUACCUCCGGAUUUGUCACGGGGUCACGGAUCCGGAGAAUAGACAAUGCUUCGCAGCUCUUGACGGCAGCACGGUAG